UUUUUGUCGACAAGUGCAUCAUCUGCUUGGAAUAAGGGGGAAGUGCGAGCAUAAACAGCUGCGUAAAGUGGAAGCUAGUAGGUCCAACAUAAACGUGAACUUCUCCCUUUCGCUGCCCCAAUGGCGGAUUCGACAUCACAAAGCAGAUCAAGGGACCUCGACAAGCUCCUUCUCCGCCCCGGAAAUCUCGUUGGGCCGACCUUCGAGGCCGGUACGGAGUUGAGAGAUGAUUUAAAGGAGUAUGUAAGAGUGUUAGUGAUAGGUGCUGGUGGAUUAGGUUGCGAAUUGCUUAAGGAUUUGGCUUUCUCAGGAUUUCGUAACCUCGAGGUCAUUGAUAUGGACCGAAUUGAAGUUACCAAUCUUAAUCGCCAGUUUCUCUUCAGACUUGAAGAUGUAGGGAAACCAAAGGCAGAAGUUGCUGCUAAAAAAGUGAUGGAGAGAGUCAAUGGUGUAGAUAUCAAGCCACAUUUCUGUCGGAUUGAGGACAAACCAAUAAGCUUCUACAGUGAUUUCCAAAUUAUUGUUCUUGGUCUUGAUUCUGUCGAAGCUCGAAGCUAUAUAAAUUCUGUAGCUUGCGGCUUUCUAGAGUACGAUUCUGAUGAUAACCCACGAGAAGAGACAAUUAAGCCUAUGGUUGAUGGUGGGACUGAAGGAUUCAAGGGCCACGCAAGGAUUAUAAUGCCAGGUGUUACCCCCUGCUUUGAGUGUACAAUAUGGCUCUUUCCUCCACAAGUGAAGUUUCCAUUAUGUACUCUUGCUGAAACUCCAAGAACUGCUGCUCACUGCAUUGAGUAUGCACAUCUAAUCAAAUGGGAUGAGGUUCAUAGUGGCAAAACAUUUGAUCCAGAUGAUCCUGAACACAUGCAAUGGGUGUAUUCAGAGGCUGUUAAGAGAGCAGAGCUCUUUGGAAUUCCGGGAGUUACCUAUUCUUUGACCCAGGGUGUUGUUAAAAAUAUCAUUCCUGCUAUAGCAUCCACCAAUGCUAUAAUUUCUGCUGCCUGUGCUUUGGAGACCUUAAAGCUUGUCUCCGGAUGCAGCAAAACUCUAUCAAAUUACUUGACGUACAAUGGAGUUGAAGGUCUGCACACCAAAGUGACCGAGUUUGUGAGGGACAAAGAGUGUCUUGUUUGUGGUCCUGGCGUUCUCAUUGAGCUGGAAGCUUCAGUUACUUUGAAAAAG